AUGUUUCGUGUAAUAAUUGCAACAUUAGCUACUUCAUCUUAUCUAAUUUUGGCUGGCGGUUUAAGGGAUUAUUUUACACAUAUAAUUGUUGAUGAAGCUGGUCAGGCAUUAGAAUCAGAAGUUUGGAUUCCUAUAGGAGGACUUGUUGGAAAAGAAACCUCUGUCGUUUUGGCAGGCGAUCCAAUGCAAUUAGGUCCAGUUCUAAAUGUAAAUUCAAUGAAAUGGUUUGGUUUUGAUAUUUCUAUGCUUAAAAGAAUUAUGCAUUCUGAAAUGUACAAGGAUUCGUCUGACGAAAGAUUUUUUGUUAUUCUACGCCAAACAUAUCGUUCACAUUAUAAUAUUUUGAGGCCUUGUUCUUAUUUAUUUUAUGAUAAUAUGUUAAUUGUUGAUGAUAGACAAGGAAAUUUUUAUAAACUUUCUGAUUGGGAAGGAUUACCUACAAAGGUUUUUUCCAAUUUUAAAUUAUUUUUUGGGACUUACGUGGCCGUUAAUCUUUAA